AUGAUAACGUCGACAACCCGAUUCGACGACUCCUCGGUGGAACGACGAGACGCCAUGCUGCAUCUGCUGGACCCCGCCUCCGCGGCUGUGCUGGACGAUCCCAAGUAUGGCCCCGUCUGCGUCCAGUCCAGCAGCACGCGGCGAUUCGAGUGCAGGAUUCAAGACGCUAGACCUGGUGUCUGGAACUUCACGUGGAUGCUUGGCAAUCAGGCGAUCGCUACUAAAAGCGAGGCAUGGACCGGAGCUGGGCUGGUCAACGUGAGCAGCUGGCGCAUCGUGACAAACCCUGGCAACGAGACUCGAGAACGUAACCUCACGUGCCUAGCAGCGAGUAGUGAUCAGUCACUGAGCACCAGAGUGCUGAUAACGCCUUGUGCAGAUGCUCUCGUCAAAGGUUCAAAGGGAGUGCUUAUCGCCAUAGUAACUGUCGUCAGUGUUCUAAGCGCAUUGGUUGUCAUGGCAAUCGUAAUGUUCGUCAAGUUUAGAAGGAACCGCAGGGCACAGCGUAGUGUGCAGAUCAAACGUGACGCGCAAUCGUCUGUUGAAAUGGACGUUGCUUUGGACCAGGAUGCUUUAGAACAACCAUGUCCAUCUGAGGUCGGCAGCUCACCGGACGUGAAAUACGAGGACAGAAUUGCACCAAAAGGUCCACACAAAUACAAGGACAGAAUUGCACCACAAGGUUCACACAAAUACGAGGACAACAUUGCACCGCAAGGUCCACACACAUACGAAAUAAAGAUUUCACCACAAGACCCACAUAACUACGAGUACAACAUUUCACAGCAGGUUGCACACCAAUACGAAGACACAAGUUCUCCGCAGGUGGAGUAUGAUGAUACUAUACCACCACAGGAGGAAACACCAAUGCUACCUGAUGGCGAUGAUGAUAACAAUCUACCUCCCUGGGCUGAGGGGUGGAAGGUGCCUCGCUGCGACCUCAUCAUGGACGAGCGAGUCCUCGGAAGAGGGAACUUUGGUGAGGUGCGAUCAGGUGCUGUGAUGAAAGAUGGAGAACUGACAAGGGCUGCUAUCAAGAUGCUCAAAGGCCAUGCAUCGACGAGUGAGAAAGAUGAUUUCAUCGAUGAACUUCGCACGAUGACCUCUUUCGGCCACCAUCCUAAUGUCGUCUCGCUGCUUGGCGCAUGUCAGCAUCGACAGGUGUUGUACGUCGCGUUGGAGUAUCUUCCCCGCGGUGAUCUGCGCAGCUACCUGCGGACGGCUCGCUCACAGUCAGACUCAGACGAGGAUGCCUUGUCUUCCGAUCAGCUGGUCAAGUUUGCUCUGGAUGUUGCCAAGGGAAUGGAGCACCUUGCUAAAGCGGGGGUGAUCCACCGAGAUUUGGCUGCCAGGAACAUCCUACUAUCUGAAGGGCUUACAGCUAAGGUUUCAGACUUUGGACUGUCCAGAGGGGAGGAUAUCUACGUCCAAACAUCAAAGAGACGAGUUCCAGUCCGCUGGUUGGCUGUUGAGUCAACCAGGUAUAAGAGGUACACGACAAAGAGUGAUGUGUAA